AUGAGGAAUCACACACUUCUGAAUGAGUUCGUUCUACUGGGGAUCCCGCAGACGGCGGGGCUGGAGGCUGUGCUCUUCGCUACCUUCUCAUCCAUCUACCUCUUCACCCUGCUUGGAAAUUCACUCAUCCUCACAGCCAUCGUUUCUUCCUCUACCCUUCACACCCCCAUGUAUUUCUUCCUGGGACUCCUAUCUAUUUUUGACAUUUUGUUCCCAUCUGUAACCUGCCCCAAGAUGCUGUUCUAUCUCUCUGGCCAGAGCCCAGUCAUUUCUUUUAAAGGGUGUGUUACACAGCUCUUCUUCUACCAUUUUCUGGGUUCGACCGAAGGCUGCCUCUAUUCUGUGAUGGCUUAUGAUCGCUUUGUUGCCAUCUGUCACCCCCUGAGGUACAUGCUCAUCAUGAAGCCUGGAGUCUGCGUUGGUUUGGUCGUGGCAGCCUGGUUGGUGGGCUGUCUUCAGGCCACCAUCUUGACGUCCUUUACUUUUCAGCUGUCUUAUUGUGGCCCCAAUCAGGUGGAAUACUUCUUCUGUGACAUUCCUGCUGUUUUACCCCUGGCUUGUACUGACAGUGCCCUGGCCCAGAAAGUGGGUUCCAUAAAUGUUGGCUUUCUGGCUUUAAUGCUUCUGUUCAGUGUCUGUGUCUCCUACACUCGCAUUGGGAUUGCCAUCUUGAGAAUUCGUUCAGCAGAGGGCAGGCGGAAAGCGUUCUCCACUUGCAGUGCGCACCUCACUGCGAUCCUCUGUGCCUACGGACCUGUCAUUAUCAUCUAUCUGCAGCCCACACCCAACCCCUUGCUUGGUGCCGUGGUACAGAUAUUAAAUAAUAUUGUCUCCCCCAUGCUGAACUCAUUAAUUUAUUCUUUAAGGAACAAGGAGGUGAAAAGGUCCCUGAAGAGGGUGUUCCAAAAUGUUUUACUUACUGUCAGGGAAUAA